UCACGAGCGCUCUGUUCCGGGCGUGGAAGCGCGGGCUUGGACUUAGACUGCGGUGGCGUUUCCUGGGCUGGCGGCGCUAUAGUGGCGCGCCUCCGAAUCUCGGGAAGCAUGGAUGGCACGUGUGAGGAGAGGCCUGCGGAGGAUGGGAGCGACGAGGAAGACCCUGAUUCCGCGGAAGUCCCCGCCCGGAUCCGGGACACCCCGGAAGACAUCGUGCUGGAAGCGCCGGCCAGCGGACUGGCGUUCCACCCGUCCCGCGACCUCCUGGCGACGGGGGACGUGGAUGGGGACGUGUUCGUCUUUUCCUACUCCUGCCAAGAGGGUGAAACCAAGGAGCUCUGGUCCUCAGGCCACCACCUCAAGUCCUGCCGGGCAGUGGUCUUCUCUGAAGAUGGGCAGAAACUCAUCACUGUCUCCAAGGACAAAGCCAUCCAUGUUCUAGAUGUGGAGCAGGGCCGACUGGAAAGACGCAUAUCCAAGGCUCACAGUGCCCCUAUCAACAGUCUGCUGCUGGUGGAUGAGAAUGUUCUGGCCACUGGGGAUGAUACAGGUGGCAUCCGGCUCUGGGAUCAGCGGAAGGAGGGCCCCUUAAUGGAUAUGCAGCAGCACGAGGAGUAUAUUGCUGACAUGGCUCUGGACCCAGCCAAGAAGCUGCUGCUGACAGCCAGUGGAGAUGGCUGCCUUGGUGUCUUCAACAUCAAGCGACACCAGUUUGAGUUGCUGUCUGAGCCUCAGUCUGGGGAUCUGACCUCUGUCACCCUCAUGAAGUAUGGGAAGAAGGUAGCCUGUGGCUCCAGUGAAGGUACCAUCUACCUCUUCAACUGGAAUGGCUUUGGGGCUACAAGUGACCGCUUUGCCCUAAGAGCUGAGUCCAUUGACUGCAUGGUUCCAGUCACCGAGAGUCUGCUGUGCACUGGCUCCACUGAUGGAGUCAUCAGGGCUGUGAACAUCCUGCCAAACCGAGUAGUGGGCAGUGUGGGCCAGCAUGCUGGGGAGCCUGUGGAAGAGCUGGCCCUCUCCCACUGUGGCCGCUUCCUGGCUAGCAGUGGCCAUGACCAGCGCCUCAAAUUCUGGGACAUGGCCCAGCUACGGGCUGUGGUGGUGGAUGACUACCGUCGGCGCAAGAAGAAAGGAGGGCCCCUGCAGGCCCUGAGCAGCAAGGCCUGGAGCACAGAUGACUUCUUUGCAGGGCUGAGGGAAGAAGGAGAGGACACCAUGGCUGGGGAGGAAGAGGAGAGUGAAGAGGACAACGAUUGAGGGAUAAGCUUUAUCUCAGGACAGGUCCUUACUCACUGGGCAAGAAUCCUGCUUCCUGGGCAGGAUCCCCAGAGAGACUAUGAAUUUGUGCAGCUCAGGAAGAUACAUAGAGACCCAGGACUCAUGGCAGUGCAGUGGGAAAGCAUCCUUGCCCUGCAGCAACUGCUCACUCUACCAGUGUGAGGAAGACAAGCCCUCAGCUGGGGCAAGACAGCACAGACACAGGUGUACACCAACCAGGGGUUUAAUGUAAAUACAACCAGCAUAAGAAAACUCAAAACUGUAUAUAAACCAAAACCAGAAAGCCAAGUGGUAGGGGCAAAGGGCAGAACUUCUGACCUGUUGGCUCAACCAACCCCCAAAUAAAAAUGAACAAAGAAGAUGAAUAAAGAAAAUAAAGAUUUAUGCCAAGUUGUGGGAAGAGGGGGGGUUGUGUCAGCAGGGCAUAGCCAAGGAAAACCAUGGGAUCAGGCCAGACCCUGGGCUGGAAGAGGGAGGGCAGGUCCCUCACACAACUUAGCCAAACCUGAGCUGUCCCAUGUGCUAUGGGGCUCUGCCCCAGCAGGGAAGCUAUGUCAGGCCUACAGCUUGGCCCAUGUCCCUCCUCUUCUGGGAACAGAUGGUGGCGCCCAGGCCUGCUGGGCUGGGAACUGACACAGGCUCUGCCUAUAUGUUGGGGAGGAUGGGAUCAUUGCAUAACUAUGUUCCCUGCCUCUGCCCCAGGAGACCACAGGACGGUGACCACAGACUCACUCAGUGCCUCCAGCAGCCGUGCAGACACGGCAUCCUUGGCUACCUCGUGCCCGUCCUGCCCAUCUGGGGCCAGCACAACCCAGAUAAGGCCACUGAAGGGCACUGGAUGCCCAGGGAUCACCACCUGGUACCAGAAGCGGUGCCAGCCAGCAGGGCCUGUGCCCAAGCACUUGGUAAGAAACACCGGGCUGCCCAGCUUCAUCCUCUGGCACAGAAGCUGCAGGGCAGCCCGCGCCCCUUGGGGUCCUAGCUUGUCUCUGGCCAGGGCCAAUCGACUUCCCUCGGGUUGUAGGCACCGGAGAGAGGGACCCUCGAGCUGCUGCCGGAGGCGCUGCUUCAGGUCAGGCUUGAGCCACUCCACAGCCACUUGCUCUCCACAGAGGCGUGACUGUCCUGCAGGACAAAGGCAUAGAUAACAAGGGCAGAUCUGAGCCUUGGGCCCAACCCCCCAGCCCAGUUGAGCCCUUUGUAGUCACACAGCUCUGGAUUUCAUUUCUAGCCUUCUUAUUUCCUAGUAUUGUGACCUUGGAUAAGUUAAAUACCUUCUCCAGCUUCAUUGUCUUUUUGUAAAGGGCUGAUGAAGGCCUUGUCUACCUCAUAACCAUAAUAGCUAACCUUUACAGUGCUUGCCAUGAAUCAGGAAAUGUGCUAAGCACUGUCCAUUAUAUUGCUGAAUUCUCACAACAGUGUGAGGAAAACAGGUUUUAUGGUGGAUAAAAGGUAGGCUCAGUUGGACUGCCUUGGGCAAGAUAAUUUCUCAAACAUUUCUAAAGAGGUGGGGGUUAUGACUGUGUUUAUCUGGCGUGUUGGAUUAGUCAGGAGAUAAGGCACGGGAAGUGUUAAGUUUAUAAAAUGGCACCACUGGAAAUACAAAAGUCCUAAGUCAAAUAAACUGUGGGGUCACAAGCUCACGCAGGUUUCACCAUGAGAAUUUUGUUGUGAGUGACCUUACCCGCUAUACUGACAUGUGAAAGUAAAACGCCCAGCAGAACGGGCUUGGCCCCAACCAGCCGCCCCGCGGUCUCCACCCCGUACCUUCUACCAGGGCCUUUUUGGCCAUAGCUGCGGAGCGGUGAGAGCUGAAUUUGAGCAGCGCAAUUUGCACGGGCGCCGGCCCAGGGCUGGGCAGCAGCAGCGCCUCCUGCAGGCUGGGGCCCAGCGGCUGCAGCGCAAGCAGCAGCGCGCGGCGGCUCAGAUCCGGCGGCAGCCCGUCCACGCUCAGCUCGCACUUCUCAGUGCUGCGGCACACGAGCAGCGGGCAGGAGGGCCGCAGCGGGUGGUUAUGCAGCGUGGCGAUGGCGGCCUGUGCACCGCGCCGCGAGCUGUAGCGGGCGUAGGCAAAGCCGCGGUUGAGGCCGCUGAAGGUCAUCAUCAGGCGAAACUCGUACAGGCGCCCCACGCGCUGGAACAGUGGAAUCAGCUGGUGCUCGUACACAUCCUGGGGCAGCCGCCCGAUGAACACUUCUGACCCGGCCGGCGGCGGGCUGCCCACCCAGCCUGGGGGGAGGGGGCACUGUCAUUCACUGUGACCGUUAUAGGUUCGGGUCCGGGGAUCCAGCGCGGGAGGAGACGAUGUGAGCCAACAUCCGUAAAAUGGGUACAACACCCAUACCUCGGGACCAGUGGCAUAAUUAGACUAAUGAGCUAACUAUGGGGCUAGCAAAGAGUAGGUGCAUCUUAAGACUGACUCAGUUCCUCGAGAGGGCUGGGAAGUGAGGAGCUGUAGACAAGUUUCAGGCUUUUUCAGCUUUGGGGUAGAAAUGCGGGUGGUUCGGAGAUUCUAACUGUGGAGCCUCAAGGCAGGCUCCUCCCCCAAAAAGGUCUGGGUCGGGGCCGACCAGGCUCGGGUAGCCCGGUAGUCGUAGGGAUGGGGCUACCGUACCUGGGGGUGGCCCGCCAUACUUCCUCUGCCCGUUCACCUGCACCAGGCGGAUGCCUGUCUCCCUGACCCAUGCCUCCAGCGCCGCCUUGUUCUCUGGAUUCACCCUCUCGCACCACAGCUGAGUGAGAAAGGGCAAGAUGGAAUGGCGGAUAGCUAAGCCCGCCCCUACCUCGCUGAGGGGCUGGAGUCCCUAUAGGGCCCUGCGGAGGUGGGGAGUAGCACCCCUUCGCGCCUGCCACUUACCUCACAAUCCCGCUUGGACUGCAUGACUCUCCCGCUGGCACUCCUGCACCCCCUUUAUAACUUCCUUCCUCAUCAGCCUCUGGAAGCUUCCUGGCCUCUCCACCCCCGUAAGUUCUCAUUGGCUCUGGAUACGACCCCGCCUCCGAAGGGAGUGGACGUACACACCGCACGUGCGCCGCGGGCCUUCGGACUCUCAGGUGAAAGCUGGAAACUCUAGUAGGUGAGUCUGCAGGCUGCCUCACCUAAGAAAUGGCCGACAAACCGGCACGGGGUGGACGCUGGAGGCAAGAACCUCUGGGGCACCCUUCAGCCUGAGAAAGAGCCAGAAGGGCUUUCUCCCUAUUUUCUAGCGCUCAGGUGGCCGGAAUGAAAGCCCAGGCCCUGACGGGGGAAGCAGGGCUAGGUAUUAGUGACACAGGCAGGCUUCAGUGGUUGAGGCAUUUUAUUGGACGGUUGCUGAUUGCUUUUGGGGCCCUGUAGAGGUAGCCAAGGAGCACAGGCUGGAGAAAGCCCCCAAGGCCUUGGAUGGAAAAUGGUGUACCACCUGGCCGUUUUGCCAGUGAUUAUCGCCCCCCACCCCCACCCCCCAAUCAAUGUAAUAAAAUGUCUCUGCUCUGACCACUCUUCUGGUUUUCCUGCGGAAGAGAAAUACACAAAGCUGUUGAAAUACACAUGCAGAGUUUUGUCUUAGCCUCAAGUACUGCCAGUCCUAUAUUGUUCUGAUGGUUUCCUCAGUUCAACAGAUGCAGAGGGGCUGGUUUGUCCUCCUUUUGAUUUCCUCCACGAGGUCUUCUCUUCGUAUGUCCACCUGUUCAGGAUGGUGGGAGGGGGAAGGUGGUAUGAACAUCUUCCACCCCUCUGCUCCCUGAGUGCCCACUCCUUCCUCUAGUCAUCAGACUUGGCUCAGCUGGAGGCAGGAACCCAAUCAAACACCCCAGGGUAGACAGUGUCUCUUGGGUUAGCCAAAGUCACGGUGUAUGCGGGGAUGGAGAGCAUACCCUUCCAUGACCACAGUAACAGAUGCCAUUUAUUGAGCAUGUACUGUGUGUUAAUUCCUUAAGCACUUUAUGAGUGGGUUCUUUUGUUCAGGUCUUGAUUGGGCAUGGGGCUACUGACAUCAAAUACAUUCUCUCUCCCUUGGGCUGCCUUCCUGCCCUCUCACCUCUUCCCUGCUCGCUACUGAACGGAGCUUGAUGACUCCAUCUUUGAGCUCCUGCUCGCCGAUGAUGGCCACCAGUGGGAUGCCCGCCUCCUCGCAGUAUUGCAACUGGUUCAGUAACUUUGGGUUCUUCUUGUAAAGCAUCUCAGCCUGGGACCAGAGCAAGGGACCAGAGCAGAAGAUGAAGGCUGACUUCUGUUGUCCUUGGGGCAACCACCUGGAGGCCCAAGCUGGCACCUUUCUCUCAGCUCCACCCCAAGAAGUCACAGUAAUGGCAAGUGUUACUGUGGAUGAGCUUUUGUUUAGUCCUAAGUUUGCUGCCACCCUGGGGAUUUGCCUCCUGUACCUUGAUUCCAGCAUCCCACAGCUCUGAGAUGAGCUUCAGUCUCUCCUCUAGCAGCUUCUUCUGCGCAGAUGCCACAAGCACCUGUGUCCCUGUGGUACGUACCUUCUCCUCUGAAGCCUGAGGAAGGGGAAGAUAAGAGAGAGCUUCAAGAAGCCAACAGAGCAGGAUCUAGUCAAGAUUCUGAGCCCAAUUCAGUAUACCCCAGGGCAGGGGCCCAGUCUUCUCAUCUAGCAACUGGGCAUAAAGUAGCUCUUAGAAAAUAUAAGAAAUGAACUGAUUGGUUUGUACAUAUGUCUUACUAAAAUAAAUAACAUAGGGCAAGGGUAGUUUAUUUACAGUAACUUCAAGCUCAUCUCCAACUAGUAUUUCAAGGUCCAGAAGAACAUUCACAUAGAAACAACACUAUGAGCCCACCCCAGGAAAUCAAGUGUACCUGGCAGUUCUAGUUUCCACUUAAGGUCUUUCCAGUCAACAGGCUAUGCCUCUUAUACCUCAGCCACAAGUUACAACUCAGGGUGUGUGUGUUUUGGGGUGGGGGGUGGGCACAUGUAAUAUAAAGCUGCUACUGCUCCUCUUUUUUCUGGAAAAAUAUUUUCACAGUUCUUAAAACAUAAGAUGCCUACUGGAACAGUGACCUCAGUUGGGAAACACAGGUGGUUUCCACCCUAGAGAGGAGGGAUGGAGCAGUGGGACGGUUAUUGCCAGAGGAUUCUCAGAGGAUGAAAUCCAACCAGCCAGUUAAGAGCAACAGCUUCAAAGGAAGCAAUACAUGACCCAAGGCAGCCAUCUGAGGGGUCCCAGGGCCUGACAGGUGCUUCUCAGAGACAAUGUUACAGAGGGAUUUGAAAUCAGACUGCCUGGAUCCAAAUUCUGACUCUGCCAUGUCCAAGUUUCACCACCUUCAGCAAAUUAUAUAAUCUAUGAUGCCUCCAUUUCAUUGUUUGAAAACUGCAAAUAGUAAAAGUAGCUACAUUCAGAAGGCUGUUUUAAGAAUUACAUUAUAUUAUGCAUGAAAAGCACUGAGCACAGUACCUGGCAUAUGCCAGUAAAAUGUUAACUACUCUAUAUCAUGAUAAAGAAGAUCUGGGUCUUAUGUCUAUCAGCCUAGACUCCUGACAGCCUUGAGGUAAGAAGGGGUCCAGAGUAAAAUAUUUUGUGGAGAAAGACUAACAGAGCCAUAAAGCUGGCCUGCACUGAGGUGGGGUGACCCACCCUGAGAACCCGUGAAGGACAAUGACCAUCUUUUCUCCACUUCUUUGCCGAGAAUCUCCUUCACCAAAGAAGCACCACUUUCCCCCUUGGAGAUCAAAGAAGACAGCUGCCACCUGCUCAGACUAUCUUCUGUCCACAGGACUUACCUCCAGCCUCUGUUCCACGAUGGAAAAGAUCCGCUCUACCCCAAUGCUGAGCCCCACGCAUGGCACCUUGCGCCCUUUGGGGUCGAACAUGCCCACUAACCCAUCGUAGCGCCCACCAGCAGCCACACUGCCCACACCUAAGGGCUCUUCCCCUGGCUGGGAAGGGGUCUGUAGCAGCACUGCCUCAUAGAUCACUCCAGUAUAGUAGUCCAGGCCUCGAGCAAGGCUCAGGUCAAAGGAUAUCUGUAGGGACAAGGACAGGGUCAGUACAAGAUGAAGGCCAGGGACCUGAAGCCCCAGAGCUCAGUGAGGGGCAGUGUCCCAUCCUCAACUUGACUCACCUUUCCAGCAAUGCCAAACAGGGUCAGGUACUCAAAUAGCAGCUUCAGGUCUCCCAGGCCCUCUAAAGCCUGCUUGCUCUGGGACAGUUUAGGAUCCUGGAGCAGCUGUUCCACCAGGGACACCCCACCUGGGGAGAAAGAUUUGUGAGCCAGACUGAGUGACAAGGAGAAGUGGAAGGUAGGGGUUCUACCUUUUUGCCUGGACUCUACCUGCAUGUGCACACACAGACACACACACGCACACACAGACACACACAUACACACACACACAGGGAGAGUUUCAACUUUAGUCUUGAGGUCAGUGGGACAGCCGCUGAGGGAGGCUGGGUUCUGCUGCUCACCAUGCUGCUGGACAUAGUCUCCAAUGCGGUCAGCUACCUCGGGUGCAAGGCCCUUCUCUCCCACCAUCUCAUUCUUCACUUCCUCCCAGGACACCUGGCAGACAGACACCAGUCAGGGACCCCUGUCCAGCUUUCCCACAACACAUCAAGUAUGAGUCUUCUUGGGGAGCAGUUUUGGAACAGAAACUGUCAUUUGACAUAUAUCUGCGGCUGAUCUUCCUCCAAUGGGCCCAGGGGUAGGCACCUCUCUCAAACUUGUUUUCCACUUCCCCAAGCAAGGUGGAAUCUGGGAAAAGAGGAGUCAGCUGUCUGGGUCGUUACCUUGUCCAGUUUGUCCACUGAGGAGCAGAUGGUGCGAAACUUGCUAUCAGGAACACCACAGAUGGCAAACAUCCCAUCUAGGAUGCGCCGAUCAUUCACCUGCAGAGACCCAUCGCACAGUGAGGAGGGAAUCUCUUUCCUUUACAUGACCCUCAAUAGUCUUGGUCACUUGAGCUACUGGUUCCUCUGCACAAGGAACUUCUCCUGUGAGAGGCCAGGCCCAACCUUACCCUCCCAGCCCCAUUCAGCUCUGACCUUGACCAGGAAGUCUCCUAGCUGAAGUGAACUCAGGAUCUCACACAUAAUCUUCAGGCACUCUGCAUCAGGGAUCAUGGGGUCAAAUUGCCCAGCAAUGUCAAAAUCCUGCAGGGAGAAACGUAGUUAGAGGUUUUCAGGGGUUCAACUUUCUUAAGGGGGGACUCCUGGGAGCUCUGACCUCUCUCUGUGCAGGCCUGUUUGCAUUUAAGCACAGACGUUCUCCUUUAUUACCUGUGACCGAUCAUCAGGGUAGAGGAAAACCCUGGCAUUUUGGGGCCUCUUGCCAAUCCUGGUUUCCUUUCCAUCUAGACUACUCCUUCAUUAUCUAAUUCAUUUACUUCCUCCUCAAUUCCUCCUACUGCUAUGGGGCAAUUAUCUGGUCUUAGCCUUAGCUCUGCUGUCAAUCUGGAUGAUUUAAUACCUCAAAUCCAAUUUCCCCACUCUCUGCUACACUGUGGUUUAAUACAUACAGCACUGGAUCAAGAGUUCUAGUCCCAACUUUGCCUUUCUUAUCCCUAUGAUCUCUUCACCUUACUGAGUCUCAAGUUUACUCAUGUAUAAAAUCUGGAUAAUAAUCCCUGCCCUGCCCACAGGAAUGCUGUGAAAUCUAUAUGAGAACACCAAAGAAACCAAGGGUAAUCAUUAUCUGGGGCAACCAGUUUACUCAAGGCACCAUGAAUACUUAAAUAGAUUCUACUGGCUUGAAGGAAGGCCUAAGGUACCCAUUCUGCCCCACAGUUUCCCAACACUCACACAUUGGUAGAAUUCUCGAUAUCGGCCACGGGUCAUGGCUGGGUUAUCCCGCCGAUAUACCUUUGCUAUGUGGUAGCGUUUAAUGUUGGUCAGUUUAUUCAUUGCCAAAUAUCGAGCAAAAGGAACCUGAUGACAAAGGGUUAAGGAUAAAGACCCUCUUAUCACAACCAGUCUAGAAGCCGAUUAUCACCACCAAUAGAAACUGGGUUCUAACCCCUCCUUGUGCUAGUUAAACUACCACCCCUAAGAUUAACAGCCUUUCUGAAUAUCAGAAAGAAUCAACUUUGCCACCUCAAAGAGCAGUUGAAGUCUCAAACAAGAUGAAGGCUCCAUUCUCUUUGGUACUGUCUCCCCUGGACUAUGCUGAUCAUGGGUAGGGGCUGGGCAGAUUGGCCCGGGAGAAGAGAGAGGACCCCAUCUGGGAUGUCUAAUCAAAUAGUUCUCUGUCAUAGUUUAGAAAUAAGGAAAAUGUGUUAUUGGACAAUUAAGGAGAAAUCUGUUCACUGGACAGGGCCGGGGAGAAGUAUUCUGGACUUAGGAGAUUGUGUGUAGAGUUAGAACUGGGCCAGGACAUAAAGCUGUCUCAUUCAGGUUCCGAAAGAUUUCUAAGGCCAUGUUCUGUUUAUCCAAAGUCUCACUCCUGGUUUAGGAAAUAAUUCCCCUGAUUGCCAAAGGCCUCCUAUUUGAUCCUACCCAUGUCUACCUGUCCCCAAACUUGAGGCCAGAAAUGGCUUUAGCCCAGUGAGGGUCAAUCCAUUCAAAGUGUCAAGAGCCCAGGAUUAGAAAAGAUACAGUGAGGUCAUAGCGAAGGGACAGCAGUUCCCCACCCUGGUCCUUCAGAUCAUAGAUAAGCUUGGAGUCUUCGCCAUACUUUCCUGUCAGUGUUUCCUGGAGACAACAUAAAGAAAUGUGGUCAUGAUGAUAAAUGUAACAGUUUAAAAGUUAAGUUUUGAAAAUAAAAACUCACCACUCUAACACGA